AUGAGAACGGAGAAGACACAAGCCAUAAGUGGCCUAGUCGGCUAUGCACUUCUUCGCGGCCUUGCAUCUCUGAACUUCGCUGAAGAACUCGAACCUGACACAAACUGCCCCAACGUUCCCAUUGCCAUCACGUCCCUUCUCGAGUUCUCUAACAGCCUCCCCGACUACGGCAUCGAAGACGAGGCUGUCGAGUGA